AUGCUGCAACGCGACUUGCAGGUGCCUAAACAGGUUUCUGGCGGCAGAGUCGCUAGUAACAACGACGUCUGGGAUGACACUGCCGCUAUCCUUUUCAAUCAGAAGCACCGUUCUGCAGACAUCACGACGUCAGGCACAGACAGACUCAAGAUCAUCUGCGACCCAUUCCAUGGCCGUGGAAACAAGGCGGGCUUACUAUUGGCCCACGACAGAUGUUAUGACGUUGUGGAACUUCCCAUCCCCAAGAAAGGAACAUGGCGAUUCACUGUCGACAGCGUCCGGCAAGGUCACGAUGGAGAGCGCAUGUUCCUACAGCUGUCGAGACGUCGGCUUGGAGAGGUCUCAACAGAGGUCCCCGUCUUACACGUCGAACUCUACUUCGACCGAACGGCAAACUGCUACUUGAUCUACGACGGAAAUGGGAAGAUCGACGAUGCUCACCGUGGUUUGGCUCUGACAGACGAAAAUCAGUUGGUCGCUUGUUCUAGUGCCACAACCUCACCGCAAGUGGAAGAGGCGGCACCAGUGCCCGAAGGAACAUCGCAGGCGAAGCGCAUGAUGAAGCGGACCCGGCAAAUGGCUCCUAUGGCACGCCUCCCCUUCACUCCAACCAAGAGAGCCAAGCCAGUCGCGACAAGCUCGGGUACGAACGAUACACCGUCAUACAAGGAGGCCAGGGAAAGUGUGAGACAAGCUGUAUCUUACAUCUUGAGAACAACCUAG